GGCGGCGCCGGCCGGGGGAGGCGGUCCCUGCCCGGGAGGACGGGCCGAGCCGGGGAGUUUAUCCCACUAGAAGGGAACAGUUGCUCCCGCUGAGACUUGACAGCGCCAGGGAUUACAAUGGUUGACACAGAAAUGCCGUUUUGGCCCAUUAAUUUUGGAAUUAGUCCUGUGGAUCUGUCUGCAAUGGAUGAUCACACCCAUUCCUUUGACAUAAAGCCAUUCACCACUGUUGACUUCUCAAGCAUUUCUUCCCCACACUAUGAAGAUAUUCCUCUAGCGAGAGCUGAGCAGUCAAGCAUUGAUUAUAAGUAUGAUAUCAAGCUCCAGGAUUGCCAAAGUGCAAUCAAAAUGGAGCCUCCUUCCCCACCCUAUUUUGCAGAGAAGGUUCAGCUGUACAACAAACCUCACGAGGAGUCUUCCAACUCACUCAUGGCCAUCGAGUGCCGCGUGUGCGGGGACAAGGCCUCGGGGUUCCACUACGGGGUUCAUGCCUGUGAGGGCUGUAAGGGCUUUUUUCGAAGGACAAUCAGAUUAAAGCUAAUUUAUGACAGAUGUGAUCUUAACUGCCGUAUCCAUAAGAAAAGCAGAAAUAAAUGUCAGUACUGCAGAUUUCAGAAAUGCCUCGCUGUUGGAAUGUCACACAAUGCCAUCAGGUUCGGGCGGAUGCCGCAGGCGGAGAAGGAGAAGCUCCUGGCAGAGAUUUCCAGCGACAUCGACCAGUUAAACCCCGAGUCGGCCGAUCUGCGAGCGCUGGCCAAGCACUUGUAUGACUCAUACAUCAAGUCCUUCCCCCUGACCAAAGCCAAGGCGAGGGCGAUCCUGACAGGAAAGACGACAGACAAAUCACCAUUUGUAAUUUAUGACAUGAACUCUUUGAUGAUGGGAGAAGACCAGAUCAAGUGCAAGCACGUGUCCCCUCUGCAGGAGGAGAACAAGGAGGUCGCCAUCCGCAUCUUCCAGCGCUGCCAGUUCCGCUCGGUGGAGGCCGUGCAGGAGAUCACAGAGUUCGCCAAGAACAUUCCAGGUUUUGUCAGCCUCGACCUGAAUGAUCAAGUAACUCUCCUGAAAUAUGGGGUCCAUGAGAUCAUAUACACUCUCCUGGCUUCUCUGAUGAACAAAGAUGGAGUUCUUAUAUCUGAAGGACAAGGAUUCAUGACACGGGAGUUUCUGAAGAGCCUGAGAAAACCUUUUUGUGACUUUAUGGAGCCCAAGUUUGAGUUUGCUGUGAAGUUCAAUGCACUGGAAUUAGAUGACAGUGACCUGGCAAUAUUUAUAGCUGUUAUUAUCCUAAGUGGAGAUCGCCCAGGGUUGUUGAAUGUGAAGCCCAUUGAAGACAUCCAAGACAACCUGUUGCAAGCUUUGGAGCUCCAGCUGAAGCUGAACCACCCAGAAUCAUCACAGCUCUUUGCAAAAUUGCUCCAGAAAAUGACGGACCUCAGACAGAUUGUAACGGAACACGUGCAGCUCUUGCAAAUCAUAAAGAAAACCGAGACAGACAUGAGCCUUCAUCCACUCCUACAGGAAAUCUAUAAAGACUUGUAUUAACAACCAGAGUAGUUCUAAUCCGCUGACAUAAUGUAUGUUCUUCAGAUUGCACUAUUUCUUUGAGGGAAAACUUUGCAUACCUAAGAAAUUACUGUGAAACAGCAUUUAAAAAGAGAGAGCUUAGUAUAGUAGAUCUAUUUUAUGCAUAUUGUUUAUAAAGACACAUUUACAAUUUACUUUUAAUAUUAAAAUAUCUAUAUCAUGAAAUUGUUGGCAGUAUUUUCAGAAUUAAUUUUUUAACUAUCUUAUUUCUUAAAAUUGCUUGUCCAGUAUGAUUGAUGCUUCACUCGAGUUGGUUAAGCAUGCAGUUAAAUUUUCAACUAAAUAAAAGUCUUUCUCCUUGAA